AUGAAGUGCCACUAUGAAGUUUUGUCCAUAGCAAGAGAAGCUAGCGCAUCGGACAUAAAAAAAGCCUACCGACGACUCGCAUUGCAGUGGCAUCCGGAUAAAAAUUUAGAUAAUUUGCAAGAGGCAAAAGAACAAUUCCAAUUAGUGCAAAAUGCUUACGAAGUACUCUCUGAUCCUCAAGAGAGAGCAUGGUAUGAUAACCACCGAGAACAGUUAUUGCGUGGUGCUGGCAGUUCCUAUAAUGAUGAUAGUCUUGAUGUUUACCCUUACUUUAGUCCGUCCUGUUAUAAAGGCUUUGGUGAUGAUCCCCAAGGCUUCUAUGGAGUUUACUCAGAGGUAUUUUCCAAAUUAGCAUCUGAAGAAACAGAUUUUUUUGAUGACCCAGAAGAAGUUGCAAAAAUCCCCAAAUUUGGAAAUCCAUCUACUCCUUAUGAAGAUGUACAUGAAUUUUAUGCUUAUUGGAUGUCCUUUUCCACUAAUAAAAGUUAUGUGUGGUUAGAUCAAUAUGAAAUAUCACAAGGUGAUAAUCGGAGAGUUAUUAAAUUAAUGGAGAAAGAAAACAAUAAAAUAAGACAAAAAGCCCGUAAAGAGAGAAAUGAAGAGAUUAGAAGACUAGUCAGCUUUGUUCGUAGGAAGGACAAGCGUGUUAUUGAACAUACUAAACAAUUGCAAGAAAAAGCUGAAGAAAAUAAAAAGAAGGCAGAACAAGUUAGACGAGAGAGAAUAAUUCAAAGACAGAAAGAAAUUGAGGAGGCCAAGAAAAAGGAAGGAGAGUCAUCCUUCCUUCAAAGUGAAGAAUAUCAAAAGAAGCUCAGUGAGAUAGAAUCGUUACUUGCUGAGGAGUUUGGUCUUUCUUCUGAUGAUGAUACAAUUAGUGAAGGUGGCAUGGAGAGUAGUAAUGAGGAAAGUUCAAAGACUGAAGAGGUAAGUGAGGCAUCUCGAGCAGCUAAGUCUUCAGCUAAAAAAUCUACACUCAAAAACUUGUACUGCUCAGCUUGCAGUAAGCUCUUCAAAAAUAUUAAUUCAUUUGAAAAUCAUGAAAAUAGUAGGAAACAUAAAGAAAAUGUUGCUAAUAUGAAUUUAGAUGAUGACAUUGAUAUUUCUGAUGAAGAACAAAAACCUGAUAAAAAUAUAGAAGAAAAAGUAAAUGGACUAACUGAAGAAGAAGAUUGCAUUGGAAAUUCAACUUCUGAUAUUGAGGAUAAUGACAUACGAGAGACAUUGAGUGAUGAUUCUGAUAAAAUACAGGCUUUACCUAAAAGUCAUAAGAAAAAGAAAAACAAGAAAAAGUCAUUUAUACCUAUGCCUGAAAGUGAGGGUAAUGAUAGCCAUGAUGAAAUGAGUUUUAAUGAAAUUGAGGGUCCAUCUCGAAGCAGAAAAGCCAAAAAAUUCAAUAUGCUUAAAAGUCAAAUUCAAGCCAAGAAAGAAGCAAAUCUCAAAAAAGGCUCACAGUCUCAGACUUCAACAGAAAAUUUAUAUGAAGUGUCAAGUACAACACCUACAGAUGAUGCCUUAGGUGAUUCUGCACUGCCGAGAGAAAGACCAGCUCUACCAAAGACUCAAAGGAAUAUAAAAGCUAAAAAAUUAGUUGAAAGAAAGCCAGUUAGAACAAAAGCAAGUGAAACUGAAGAUUCUAGUAGUGCACUGAAUCUUAGAUGUGUUAUUUGUCAAGCUGACUUCAAUUCAAAGAAUAAAUUGUUUGAUCACUUGAAAAAAACAGGGCAUUCCGUACCGCUUCCUCACACUAGCUUCACACAAAAGAAAGGCAAGAAAGGCAAUAGG